AUGGGGUGCCGCGCCGCCCGGGGACCCGGCCCGCCAUCCCCGCCGCGCCCCGCGCUCCGGCUGCUGCUGCUGCUCGCGCUGGCGGCCCGCGGGGGCUGCGCCGCGCCCGCGCCCGCGCCCCGCGCCGAGGACCUCAGCCUGGGGGUGGAGUGGCUGAGCAGGUUCGGCUACCUGCCCCCAGCUGACCCUGCAACAGGACAGCUGCAGACACAGGAGGAGCUCUCCAAGGCCAUUGCCGCCAUGCAGCAGUUUGGUGGCCUGGAGGCCACUGGCACCCUGGACGAGGCCACUCUGGCCCUGAUGAAGACGCCACGCUGCUCCCUCCCAGACCUACCCCCUGUGGCCCAGGCACGUAGGAAGCGCCAGGCUCUGUCACCCACCAAGUGGAACAAGAGGAACCUUUCGUGGAGGGUCCGGACGUUCCCACGGGACUCACCACUGGGCCGGGACACAGUGCGAGCACUCAUGUACUAUGCUCUCAAGGUCUGGAGUGACAUCACGCCCUUGAAUUUCCACGAGGUGGCAGGCAGCACUGCCGACAUCCAGAUCGACUUCUCUAAGGCUGACCACAAUGAUGGCUACCCCUUCGACGGCCCUGGCGGCACCGUAGCCCAUGCCUUCUUCCCUGGCGACCACCACACUGCUGGGGACACGCACUUUGAUGAUGACGAGGCCUGGACUUUUCGCUCCUCAGAUGCCCAUGGGAUGGACCUGUUCGCAGUGGCCGUCCAUGAGUUUGGUCACGCCAUUGGACUGGGCCAUGUGGCUGCCUCGAGCUCCAUCAUGAGGCCGUACUACCAGGGCCCUGUGGGCGACCCCCUGCGCUAUGGGCUUCCAUACGAGGACCGGGUGCGCGUCUGGCAGCUGUAUGGAGUGAGGGAGUCUGUGUCCCCCACAGCACAGCUGGACGCUCCAGAGCCCGAGGAGCCUCCCCUCCUGCCAGAGGCCCCCAACAAUCGGUCCAGCACCCCGCCCAGGAAGGAUGUGCCUCACAGGUGCACCACUCAUUUCGACGCCGUGGCCCAGAUCCGGGGAGAAGCCUUCUUCUUCAAAGGCAAAUACUUCUGGCGACUGACACGGGACCGGCACCUAGUGUCCCUGCAGCCAGCGCAGAUGCACCGUUUCUGGCGGGGCCUGCCGCUGCAUCUGGACAGCGUGGACGCCGUGUAUGAGCGCACCAGUGACCACAAGAUUGUCUUCUUCAAAGGAGACAGAUAUUGGGUGUUUAAGGACAAUAACAUAGAGGAAGGAUAUCCGCGGCCCAUCUCCGACUUCAGCCUCCCGCCGGGCGGCAUCGAUGCUGCCUUCUCCUGGGCCCACAAUGACAGGACUUAUUUCUUUAAGGACCAGCUAUAUUGGCGCUACGAUGACCACACGAGGCGCAUGGACCCUGGUUACCCCGCCCAGGGCCCCCCGUGGAGGGGUGUCCCCAGCACACUGGACGACGCCAUGCGCUGGUCUGAUGGUGCAUCGUACUUCUUCCGUGGCCAGGAGUACUGGAAGGUGUUGGAUGGCGAGCUAGAGGCAGCACCUGGGUACCCACAGCCCACUGCCAGGGACUGGCUGGUGUGUGGCGAGCCCCCAGUGGGGGCAGAUGGUGCAGACCAGCCUGGGCCCCAGGGCCACAGUGGUGCACAGGACGGCUUGGCUGCAUGUUCCUGCACCUCGGCUGCGCACAGACCCGGGCCAUCCACACCGCAGCUGCUACUGCUGGGGCUGUCCCUGCCUCGUGCACUGUGGGCACCCUAA